UGCGCUUAUAGUCUUAUUUUAUUACAGGGCACAUACUCCAUCGUCCUCAUGGCCGCUGUUGACAGCAAUCUGAAAUUCAUAUGCGUUGAUGUUGGGGCGUAUGGACGUCAAAGCGAUGGUGGCACAUUGUCUGCUUCUCGCUUUGGAAAAUCACUGGAAGAGGGCUUGCGCGGCCUCCCACCUCCGAAGCAGCUGCCUGGCACAAACAUCGUUGCUCCUCACGUUUUCGUCGGAGAUGAAGCGUUUCAACAUCGUCCGGAUUUUCUGCAGCCAUAUUCUGGGAGAUGCCAGGAUGAAAACAAGCGCAUCUUCAAUUACCGCCUAAGCAGAACCAGGAGGUGUGUUGAAAAUGCUUUUGGAGUGAUGGUCUCCCGAUUCAGGAUUUUUCGGCGUGCCAUCAAUCUGCGGCCGCAAAAUGCAGACUACGUUGUCAUGGCAUGUUGUGCCCUACACAACUUCUUGCGUGAUGACGUGAUCUACAUGACGGCGAACUAUGUCGACACUGAAGAUGCAUAUGGCAACAUAACCAGUGGCCAAUGGCGCACCACCCAGGACAUUGGCGCCUCAGCCAUGUUCAGUCUGCGACCUCCAACUGGGCACAAUUAUACAAGAACAGCAGCGGAAACAAGAGACCUUUUCUGCUCAUACUUUGUGAGUAGGGAGGGUUCUGUGCCUUGGCAACGGGCAUCUGCUGGUCUGCGGAUGUGAGAGACAAAAGAAGUACCCACCAGGACUUUGCUGGGUGUGCUGUAUGCUAGCAGAUUCUUGUUUGAUGUAUGACACAGUGACACUUCUCAGAAGUAAGUAAUGUAAAUAAGAACAGGCAUUUAUGUGGUUGGCUAUUGAAAUGCGAGCACGAAAGGUGAAUUUGGUACUUGGUGUACUCCUCCUGUUUGAAGGAAUAGUGUCUCAUAUUAUGUGCCACUUUGCUAUCGAAUUAAAUGUUUAACAGUGCACACCAGUUGUAUGUUUUAUUCGACUUCCGUGUUGAACUUUUUCGUUCAAUAAUUUUUUUAUUACACUGUAUAUCUUUACAUGUUACGGCCUGACCACUGGAUUUGCUACUUA